CAGACACCACCCAGACGCAGCCAGGUCUUGCUUCCCUUUAAUCCUUCUUUCUUUGUGUCUCCUCAGCCUGCCAGGCGCAGGACUCGCCCCCGGAGCGGGAGGGAGACUGGAUGGGAACCGAAGGGGUGAGUGGAGUCCUCGCUCAGCUCAGAGUUGGUCAGUGACUGGAGGAAGGUGCCAAAUCUGACCCGGGCUUCAGCCUGCGAGCGGGCGGGGGGCGGGACGGAGUCCAGCCUCGCCCCACUUCCACCAAUCACAAGCUGCACAGCAGAGUCGGUCGCGUUCGGAGCUCCAGGAUAGGUCGAGCAGACUCGGCAGGAGGCGGGGAUUGCGGUAAAGAAGACCCAGUAGGAGCGAGGGUUCCCCGCCCCUCCGCCUUGAUGGACUGUCACAUUCCGGCCAAUGGGGAAAUUCUCUUUUUGAAGAAAGCGGGACUUGUUCGCCGGGUUUAAGAGGGAGGUUGCGCGGAGGGGGAGGGAUCGAGCUGUGCCUCGUGGAGUAGCCUGGACUAAGAUCAGGGAGGGCUGGAGACUGUCCUUUGACCUCCCAGAAGUCACGUGGGAUGACCUGGGGCGGAACGGCAGAACGAGUUUCUUCCGGGUCGUUGACAGAAGGAUCAACUCUUUGGGUGUAGUUUCUGUCUAUCCUGCAUCUUUUCCCCUGAAAACCUCGUGAGGUGGUUGUGAUUUCAGCGAUGAGCACCCAGAAGGGCAACGUGGCUCGUUCCAGGCCUCAGAAGCACCAGAAUACGUUUAGCUUCAAAAAUGACAAGUUUGAUAAAAGUGUUCAUACCAAGAAAAUUAAUGCAAAACUUCAUGAUGGAGUAUGUCAGCACUGUAAAGAAGUUCUUGAAUGGCGUGUGAAAUACAGCAAAUACAAACCAUUAUCAAAACCAAAAAAAUGCGUUAAAUGCUUACAGAAGACAGUGAAGGACUCUUACCAUAUAAUAUGUAGACCAUGUGCCUGUGAACUUGAAGUUUGUGCAAAAUGUGGAAAGAAAGAAGAAAUUGUUAUUCCGAUUAACAAAGAACCAGAAAAGACAGAAAAUAAUCCCAACUGGAGAAGAAGUUGCAGAAGAAAUGAAGAAAGUGAUGAUGAUUUAGAGUUUGAUAUUGCUUUAGAUGACACAGAAGAUGACAGUCCAGUGGAUUAAUAUAAAUAUAUUAAAAGUCAGUUUGAGAACACGAAAUUUUGACCAACUUCUGCCUUUGAGGGUUUCAGUUUCACAAAGAAUCUGUGAAAUCCUAAUGAGGAAAUCAGAAAAACCUUAGAAAAUGGGCAACAUUUGUAUUUGAACAAGUAUAUAAAUUAUGUAUGGUAUUUGUAUUAUAUAAAGGUUUUUUCCCAGAGUUUUCUUACAACACAUUUUUAAGUUUUAUAUGCUGGCAUAUUUGCUAAAAUGAGCAGUAUAGUAUCAUAGUACUGUUCAUAGGAAUUAUAUGGAAGAACAUGUUACUAGAUUAUCAAACAAGAUUCAGCCUGAUUGUAGAACUACUCCACAUAAAAAAAAGGUACUAUAUUGCUAGCCUCAAAAAUUGAUCCUCAGUAAGUACCUUUUAGGAGCAAAUGAUCCACAGAGCAGAAGCUCCUUUAAUUAUGUUUGUUUAAAAAGCAAAAAGUUUAUUUUUUAUAAUAAUGUUUUACAAGUAUAUAGCAGUUUUCAUUGAAA